ACCAUCAAAAAUUUAAUUGAGGGAUGGAAACCAAAAUUUCGCUAUAGUUCAAGGACGAAAAGAAUAUUUAACCCAAGUAAAAAUUAAUAAAUCGUUCAUGUUUAAUGUAUCUCAGUUUAUGUAUGCACCAACUAUUGAACAGUUUUUGAUGUAUAAUCCAUAUUUACAUCUUUAUUCAAAUGAUACUCUUUCAUGUGAGAGGGACAUGUACCUCAAAAAAUCUGAAACCACACAACACAAGACACCAUUGUGUUUGUGUGUUGGCUCCUGAAGCUUCUUUGAACUUCUCCACCCUUCUGAAAGCACUUCCAAAAGCAAGAACUUCCACCAUGAUCAUCAUCAUCAUUUCCUUCACCAGUCCUCAACAUUCCCCAAACCAAUUCAAUGGCGUUACUUCCCUCUCUUUCUUAUUCUCCCUCCUUCAACCCCACCAACACAAUCACAAAAAGUUUCAUUUUUCCACUUCCAACCAACACUCUCACUCCCAAAAAACGCAUUUCAAUUUCUCCAUGCAAGUUCUCUCUCAAAGACCACGACCACCAUGAAACUGAAUCUUCUUCUAGGAUUUCCGUUGCUUCUGAGAAACCCAAAACAGAGGAACAUUCUGAUUCUGAGAAACAGCAACAACAACAAGAACAACAACAGGAAUUGGAUUGGAAGACAGAUGAGGAGUUCAAGAAGUUCAUGGGUAACCCUUCAAUCGAAGCUGCCAUAAAGCUCGAGAAAAAGAGGGCUGAUAGGAAGCUCAAGGAGCUUGACAGGGAAAGCAACACCAGUAACCCUUUUCUUCGUCUUUUCAAUGCCUUAGUUCGUGAUAAUCUGAUCAAGGAAAAACAGAGGCUCCAGAAAGCAGAGGAAACUUUCAAAUCUCUUGAUCUUAACAAGUUAAAGAGUUGCUUUGGGUUUGACUCAUUUUUCGCCACGGAUGUUCGAAGAUUUGGAGAUGGAGGAAUUUUCAUUGGGAAUUUGAGGAGACCUAUUGAUGAGGUCAUUCCCAAGUUGGAGAAGAAGCUCUCUGAUGCAGCUGGUAGGGAGGUUGUGGUGUGGUUCAUGGAAGAAAAAACAAAUGACAUUACUAAACAGGCUUGUGUGGUGCAACCCAAAGCAGAAAUGGAUCUCCAAUUUGAGUCAACUAAGCUGAGUACUCCUUUUGGUUAUCUCAGUGCAAUUGCAUUAUCCGUCACCACCUUUGGAACAGUUGCUUUGAUGAGUGGCUUCUUCCUUAAACCUGAUGCAACAUUUGAUGAUUAUCUAGCUAAUGUUGUGCCUCUAUUUGGUGGAUUCUUAUUUAUUCUGGGAGUUUCUGAGAUAGCCACGAGGGUAACAGCAGCUCGCUAUCGUGUCAAACUCAGCCCUUCUUUCCUGGUGCCAUCUAAUUGGACAGGGUGUUUAGGAGUGAUGAAUAAUUAUGAAUCCCUCCUCCCCAACAAGAAAGCCCUUUUUGAUAUUCCUGUUGCCCGUACUGCUAGUGCGUAUUUGACUUCAUUAGUGCUCGCUGUUGCUGCAUUUGUGGCCGAUGGAAGCUUCAACGGGGGCGACAAUGCAUUGUAUAUACGGCCUCAGUUUUUCUAUAACAACCCCUUGCUUUCUUUUAUCCAAUAUGUUAUUGGGCCUUACGCGGAUGAUCUUGGAAAUGUGUUGCCCUAUGCCGUGGAAGGUGUUGGAGUUCCAGUUGAUCCACUUGCAUUUGCUGGCCUCUUAGGGAUGGUGGUGACUUCAUUGAACUUGUUGCCGUGUGGGAGACUAGAAGGAGGGCGAAUUGCUCAAGCCAUGUUUGGCAGAAGCACUGCUACGCUGUUAUCUUUUGGCACAUCAUUAUUGCUUGGAAUUGGUGGCCUCAGUGGUAGUGUUCUGUGCUUGGCAUGGGGAUUGUUUGCAACAUUCUUUCGUGGUGGAGAAGAAGUACCCGCGAAAGAUGAGGUCACCCCACUAGGGGAAAGCAGAUAUGCUUGGGGUAUUGUCCUUGGCCUUAUAUGUUUCCUCACACUCUUCCCGAAUGGUGGAGGAACUUUCUCCAAUUCAUUCCUCAGUGAUCCAUUUUUUAGGGGCGAAAUGUAAAUAAUGAUCCGGCUGUAAUUAUGUGUAUCAGUAGAUGUCUGUAAUUAUGUAUUUUCUUUUUUCAUUUUACAUGUUUUCACAACCACGGCUAGUAGCUAACUAUUUUCUCUAA